CUAUAACAAAAAAUUUUUACCGGCCAUUUAAGUCAUUUUAUAAACUUAAGCAAACCCAAAUUUGAUCCUCUUAAGAAACAAAAGGGAAGAGUUUCCUGGAGAAUUGAGUCUGGGAGGUGUAAAAACAAUUAGGUGUGAAAAUCCCCAAACACUGCUGAUUUUGUAGUCUUCUUGAGAUCCUUUGAUAUGGAUUUGAAUAACUUCAUGAGGGGGGAAAGCACCAUUCAUAACUUUUCUAUUCCCCUGACUUGUGUUUUUCUACGCAAGUGUUUUUAAAUUGUGCCAGGCUUGGCUUAACCUUUCACUAAAACACUGAUUUCUGCGUAAACAAGCUCUCUUUCAGAGGUAAAACCCUGGAAGGGCGGCCUAAACUUCGGGGGCAGACGACUCCUCUUGCAGCAUCAAGCAUAUAAUGGCUUUGAAUGAAGUGAACCUGUGUUUUGAACUUAUUCUCUGAGUUCCUGUUCAGGAACUUGCUUCAAAGUUUGAGCUCUUCUGACUUUCCAGGCAGUAGAAGUUCUUGAGACUACUGCAAACGGAUCUUGUUUAGCUUCUGCUUCUGCUUCUGCUAGAAGAAACCAGCUUUAAGGCAUACCCCUUUAAGUUCUAUUAUUGCUCUCUAGUGGGUAGCUUGAGGGAUAUGGAUGAGAAGGAUGAUGUUGAUAAGGUGGAAGAUGUCAUGCUUCCUGGUUUUCGAUUUCAUCCAACAGACGAGGAGCUUGUUGGGUUUUACCUCAAGAGAAAGAUUCAGCAAAGACCUCUGCCAAUUGAACUGAUCAAGCAAGUGGAAAUAUACAAAUAUGAGCCAUGGGAUCUUCCAAAGUUGGCAGCUUCAGGGGAGAAAGAAUGGUAUUUCUACUGUCCAAGGGACCGUAAAUACAGGAAUAGUACAAGGCCAAACCGAGUUACAGGAGCUGGAUUUUGGAAGGCAACUGGGACAGACCGGCCUAUUUACUCCUCUGAUGGCACCAAGUGUAUUGGUUUAAAGAAGUCUCUAGUUUUCUACAGAGGUAGAGCUGCCAAAGGGCUCAAGACUGACUGGAUGAUGCACGAGUUCCGGUUACCUUCUCUCUCAGAUUCUACACCCCCAAAGAAGCUCUUGGACAAAAGCCUCCCUGCAAAUGAUGCAUGGGCUAUUUGUAGGAUAUUCAAAAAGACCAACUCUGUGGCACAUACAUCUCUUUCCCACUCUUGGAUAUCUCCAUUAUCAGAAACUAUAGCACCUGCUAUACCCAAUCAUGGCAUUCAUGGAAGCACCCAGUUGAGUUCAGAGAAUAUUUCUUGCACAACUAAAAUUGGCUCAUCAGCAAUGCCAUUAUGUGGCAACAAUGGCUUGCAACAAGUCUCUACUGCUAGUUUUCCUGCUUUGGAUAUUCCCCCUUACAAAUCCUAUAAUCCUGUAUACAAACCAUCCCCUUUUCCAUUUUCCAAUGGAGACCUUUCCAACAACUUUAUAUUCUCACAGCUUGACAUGUCAGGAACAACUACAAAAUGUACAUCUGAUACUCCCUCUAUGCUUUUGAACCCUGCCUUCAUCGGUGAAAUUAACAAGGCCUCAGAGAGUAUAGACUUUGAAGGGCAAGAACAACAUUUCCUGCCCCAAGAGAUGCAAGGGAAUGCAGGUGUAGGACAAGAUGAGGCUCACACAAGGAAUAACCUGUGGGGGCCUAUGCGAUCAAUGGGGUUCCCUUUCAACUUGCCUCCAAAUCUGCCUGAUUCAUGGAAGCCUAAUCUACCAUGGGAUUCACCAAGCUGUCCAAGUGAGAUGUCAACUACUUAUUCCCCAAACAAAUGCUAUACUUAAGCCGCUGUCUUCUGGUUUUGGAUUACUAUGUUGGAGCUAGUAUGAGUGAGUGACAAACUUGUUUACAAAUUUAUUGUAUAGUUAUUAGUUUUCAUGUAGUAUUCCAACUAUAUGCACUAGGCUUAAUAUUUUCUUAGGAUUUACUUCCAUCAAUUCUUCUUGAAUCAGAACGCACUGCAGGCUUUCCUUCCCUUUGCACUCCCUUCUUCCCACUUUACUGAGUAAAAGAGUUUGUUUAAC